AUGGCCUGCUGCCUGCUGUACCGGGGCGACGUGGUGCCCAAGGAAGUCAACGCCGCCAUCGCCGCCAUCAAGACCAAGCGCAGUAUUCAGUUUGUGGACUGGUGCCCCACGGGCUUCAAGGUGGGGAUCAACUACCAGCCCCCCACCGUGGUGCCCGGGGGCGACCUGGCCAAGGUGCAGCGUGCCGUGUGCAUGCUGAGCAACACGACGGCCAUCGCUGAGGCCUGGGCCCGCCUGGACCACAAGUUCGACCUGAUGUAUGCCAAGAGGGCCUUUGUGCACUGGUACGUGGGCGAGGGCAUGGAGGAGGGGGAGUUCUCGGAGGCCCGGGAGGAUAUGGCUGCCCUGGAGAAGGAUUAUGAGGAGGUGGGCAUCGACAGUGUGGAGGGGGAGGGAGAAGAGGAGGGCAAUGAGUACUGGGGGAAUCCCAUGUGUUGGUCCUAA